CGAUGGGGCGGGGCGGGACUUCCGGCGGCGCGGGGAUGCGGGUGCGGGUGCGGAGCUGGCACGGCGUCGCCUCCUGGCUGUGGGUGGCCAACGACGAGAACUGCGGCAUCUGCCGGAUGGCCUUCAACGGCUGCUGCCCCGACUGCAAGGUGCCCGGCGACGACUGCCCGCUGGUAUGGGGACAGUGCUCACACUGCUUCCACAUGCACUGCAUCCUCAAGUGGCUGAACUCGCAGCAGGUCCAGCAGCACUGCCCCAUGUGCCGCCAGGAAUGGAAGUUCAAGGAGUGACCGCCGGGAUCUGCCUGGGGGCGGGGGCGGGGCCGUUUCCUGCUCCAGGCCGCGCUCCCGACCGGGCCGCCUUCAGUAAAGCCGGGCCUCGAUACUACUCAGUUGGCAGAGCCUCAGGACUGCUUUCUGGCCUCCGCCGCCCAUCCCCUGCCCGCCGAUCCAGCAUCGAG